AUGAAAAGAAGAUUUCUGAUGAUGACGCAACCAACAAAUCAUUGUGACGUUAGCAUGUCGUCUGGUGAUGCACCCUUGAUGGAAGUUGACCUUAAGAGUCGUUUGAAAGAGUUUAAUGACUGGCCGUUACCUAGUCCUCCAAAUGGUUCACGCCUAGUAAUAGCAACAAAUAAAUCUGCUAGCAAAUCUGCAAGUAUAUCAACUAGUAGCAGUAGAGCAAAAACUUUUUUUUGUGAUCAUAAAGAUUGUGAUAAAGCUUUUACAAGGCCUUCAUUAUUGACAGAACAUCAGCAAAGUGUUCAUUUAGGAUUAAAACCAUUUGAUUGUAACCAAUGUGAUAAAUCAUUUGCAAGAAAAAAUCAUUUGGAGAGGCAUUUAUUAUCUCAUUUGGAUAAUAAUGAAAAACCAUUUCAUUGUUCUAUUUGUAAUAAAGGGGUCAUUACCUCACAACAAUUGAAAAGACACGAAAUUACUCAUACAAAAUCAUUCGAAUGUCCUUAUAAAGGUUGUUCAGAAGCAUUCUAUAAACAUCCGCAAUUAAGAUCUCAUAUUAUGGCUAUUCAUUUACAAACUUUGACUUGUAAACAAUGUAACAAGACUUUUCAGAGACCUUAUAGACUUGAGCAUCAUAUUAAAAAACAUCAUAAUCCAGAGAUUGCUACACCUUAUCAUUGCUCCUUCCUUGGUUGUCUUCAAAGUUUUAAAACGUGGACUCAAUUGACAUUACAUACGAAAAACGAUCAUCCCAAGUUACGGUGUAACAUUUGUCAUAAGCAUGUAGUAGGUGAAACUGGUCUACAAAUGCAUAUGAAGAUUCAUGAUGAUACAUUGGUGACAAGAAACUGGAAAUGCCACUUAUGUGCGAACCCUAUUUUAUCAUUCCCACGUAAACAAGUCCUUAUUGAACAUUAUAAAGAGAUACAUCCACAGGAACCUCUACCAUUUUCUUUAGAAGAUAUCCCAUCUGGCAUUAUUCCAGUGAGUCAAUCUAGUUCAGAUGAGAAACCCCUUGAUGAUAAACAUCUCAAGAAACGUAGGAAAGUCAAUAAUUCAUUAGACGAUUUGAAGAACCAGGCAAUUCUCGGUAAAUAUUUAACACCAGCUAAUAUACAGGUGUUACCCACCCCAGGUAUUAAGAAUAUCCAAGGUAAUUCUGCGAUGGAACUUUUACUUAAUACUGUUGGUCGGAAACUAAAAUGUCCCUACUAUAAAUGUUAUAGAACUUUCAAGACAAAGGAAAGAUACAACAUUCAUAUUGAGAAACAUAAGAUACAUGAAGAGAAAUUGAAAGAUUUAGAACUGGAAAAAAAAACUACAAAUGACCCCACUACCAAUCACGACCCAAUACAGCCUUAUCCUGAAUAA